GGCCGCGCCCGGUUUGUGUUCAGCUCGCUUGCUCUUUGUCCUCCAUUAUUGCUUGGAUUCUCUGUUCCAGACUGUACGGCGCAGGCCCGCUGCAGCGCAGCCGCUCUGAGGCUUACAUUUGCUGUUGUGCGCAGUGUGAUCUAGAUUAGCAUCCCCCAAUGGAAGAUCACGGAGUGGGUCAGGUUGAGCAUAUGGCCACCAUCGAGGCCCAUGCGGUGGCCCAGCAAGUUCAACAGGUCCACGUGGCCACCUACACAGAGCACAACAUGCUGAGCGCAGACGAGGACUCUCCCUCCUCACCCGAGGACACCUCUUACGAUGACUCGGACAUCCUGAACUCCACGGGCAACGAUGAGGUCACCGCUCACCUGGCUGCUGCAGGUCCAGUGGGAAUGGCAGCAGCAGCUGCUGUGGCAACCGGGAAGAAACGGAAGCGACCGCACAUCUUUGAGUCAAACCCCUCAAUCCGCAAGAGGCAGCAGACUCGAUUGCUGAGGAAGUUAAGAGCAACUUUAGACGAAUACACAACUAGAGUGGGUCAGCAGGCUAUAGUGCUAUGUAUCUCUCCCUCCAAGCCCAAUGCACUUUUUAAAGUGUUCGGGGCAGCUCCACUGGAGAAUGUGGUCAGGAAGUACAAGAGCAUGAUUCUGGAAGACCUGGAGACGGCACUGGCAGAACAUGCUCCUCCGCCCUCAGAAAUCAGCUCAGAGCUGCCGCCCCUCACCAUUGAUGGGAUCCCGGUGUCCGUCGAUAAGAUGACGCAGGCCCAGUUGCGAGCAUUCAUCCCAGAGAUGCUAAAAUAUUCGACAGGCAGAGGCAAACCGGGUUGGGGCAAGGAGAGCUGCAAGCCCAUCUGGUGGCCGGACGACAUCCCGUGGGCUAACGUGCGCAGUGAUGUGCGUACAGAGGAACAGAAACAGAGGGUUUCUUGGACACAGGCUCUGAGGACCAUUGUAAAGAACUGUUACAAACAGCAUGGCCGGGAGGACCUGCUCUACGCAUUCGAUGAUCAGCAGCCACAGCAGCAGCAUAUAGCGACCGCAGCCACGCACAGCAUUGCCCACCUCGUUCCCUCACAGACUGUGGUACAGACCAUCAGUAACCCUGACGGCACUGUGUCUCUCAUACAAUUCCCCUUACUGUAUUCGCAGGUCGGUACGGGAGCAACAGUCGCGACUCUUGCAGAUGCCUCGGAGCUGCCAGGAACAGUGACAGUGGCACAGGUCAACUACUCCACGGUAACUGACGGAGAGAUUUUUCAGAAAGGUCGGCCUUUGACGUGCUACUUUGGGGUUCCAACUGAAAGAUCCCCUUUAAGUCAGGUGGAACAGAACUGGGCAACGCUCCAAGGAGGGGAGAUGACAAUCCAGACGACCCAAGCCUCUGAGGCCACGCAAGCUGUGGCAUCAUUAGCAGAGGCAGCAGUGGCAGCUUCCCAGGAGAUGCAGCAGGGAGCAACAGUAACCAUGGCGCUCAACAGCGAAGCAGCCGCCCAUGCAGUAGCUACACUGGCUGAAGCAACCCUACAUGGAGGGGGGCAGAUUGUGCUUGCGGGAGAGACUGCGGCUGCUGUUGGAGCGCUUACAGGCGUCCCUGACGCUAACGAGGGCAACUGUAUCUAUCUCUUUGCUAAAAUCUUCCAGUGACCUAACCUUAGCCUGCAACAGCUUGGUUGCUCUAAAGAAGCUCAUGUGACUGCAGUAAUCUACAAGCAGUAAACAGCUGGGCUGGAAGCUGCCGGCUCAAUCGCAUGAUUGUUCCGCACUGCAGGCACAGUCUUGUUGACAACAUGCCUGGGGCUGCUAUCUUUGAUUCAAGACAAACUGCACCAGUCUGGACAACCAGUAAACUAUCAAGUCAUUACAGAAGUUAUUGCUUCAUGUGGCAGCUGCCUCUCCAUAUCCAUGUGUCCUGUAACUUUCUACCCAUGUGUCCUGUAAACCUUUUUUGUUUUGCAUAGUAAUGCAUGCAUUAUCUGUUUAUAUUCCUGAAAUACUUUUUUUUUAUCCUACACGUGUUUUUGUUAGUUAAUUAAUAUUUCUUUUCAUCAGAUUAAAUCUCUGUAGAUCAUAACAUUUUUCAGUACUCAAAAGUACUAUACUUUUCUAAGCAUUUUUUGUUGUGAUUAUAUUCUGUGUGUUUUGAUUAUAAUAAAAAAUCACUCAACAUUACUAUCCCUGUCCUUAAAUCUUAGGUGACUCUCAGGUGUGUGCGAAAUAAAAAAGAUCUGUAUUUGAUGAACAUGUUAAAUGAAACACUAACAUAAUAUAUUGUGUGUAGCUUUGAAAGAAGUAAGUAUGCAGUACACAUCAACACAUCCUCGUUGGUUGUUGAUGAUGGUUGCAGUCCAUUGUUGUACCUGCAAUAUGUGGUUUUCUGAAUGAACAGUUUAGUUUCCAGGUGUAUUUUGAGGGUGGUUCACGGCAAGUGUCCUUGUUUUGUAAGAGAGAGAGUCUAUAAAAGCUAAAUAUCUAGUAAUUGUUAAAAACAUAGGACACUGGUACAGUAAGCUAGUGUGUGCUGACAACAUACUGUAAAACAUUAAUUAAAGGAAAGGGUUAAGAACAAUUUCUCAAUAAAAAUGAAUUGGUCUGCAAUAUAUACUAAUUAGAGAAACAAGAACAUUCAAAUUUACACUAAUAAAUUCGCAAAAAUCAAGUAGGUGUGAGGUUAAUUGGACCUGGAGAAAUCCUAUUGCCUUGUUGCUGCCGCCACAGACUGAAACAUAAUGGGGAGAGUCAUUAUAAUGUUGCAUAGUUAAUAAUACUUUCAACAAUAAUAAUAAUAAUAAUAAUAAUCAUUCGUGUAUUGAUGCUUAGUACUGCAUUGACAUUUCUAGUAUUAUAGCAAUACAAUAAAAUUAAUUAACAACAUUCAAAAAAGAUUAGCCUAAUCAUAGGACUUGUCAGACCAGAUGCAGAUGAAAGACACCCUUGUUGUAUCUGUGCAAUUUAAUCAAUGAUCUAAGAGGAGGAGAUUAACAGUCUGCAUCUGCAAAGAGGGAUCUGUAGUGGGGAUGAAAACUGUUAGGGGAGGGAUAUUGGUCAAAUAUUUUAUUUUUAUAUACUUUCAACCUAUUUUUCCUAAUUAGCAGUGACAAAUAAUACAGAAUAUUCCGUUCAGACCGUGGGUUUUGUCUGCACACAGCGAUCAGGACCGAAGGAGAUAGUGUGGAAUAAAUAUACUGUUCUUUAUAUAAUUUCUUUGGAUUUAUUUAUUGUGGUGUAUAUCCUUACUACUGUGUGUGAGAACAAAAUUGGUUCACCAGAAGAUAGUCCUCUUAAUGUGGCUGGGGGCUGCCAUGAAUAAAUGGUUAAUUAUUCCCUGAGCCAGGGAUCCCUGUUGCUGGCAAUGGGGAUAUAGUGGCGAUGCCCAUGCAUAUAUGUCACACUUUAUCGUUUUACAUGUAACUGUAGAACUGCUUAUCCAAUUGUGAUCAAACUUCCAAAGGACACUAUAGGGUGGCCUUCUGUAUGUAUGUAUGUGUGUUACUUACCUUUUUUACAUCCAUCUUGUUCUUGUGUGAAGGGGUCCAGGUAACUGUUCAUUUCAGGUUAUAUAUUUUAACAUUGUGGAGUCGCCUCUUUUUAUUUGUUAACCUGAGAGGUCUAAGGGUUUCUAAUUGAAAGAUCAGCAAGACUUUUUUUCUGCCACCUUCUGUAAAUG